AUGCACAGCGGAAGGUCUCAAAACUUUGGUAACUGCCACGGUGUCUACAAACCAGGUAACGUUAUCUUGAGACCAGAAAUCUUGGGUGACUUCCAAAAGUACGCUGCCCAACAAGUCAAGGCCCCAGCUGGCUCCAAGCCAUUGUACUUGGUCUUCCACGGUGGUUCCGGUUCUUCCCAAAAGGACUUCAACACCGCUAUUGAGCAAGGUGCUGUCAAGGUCAACGUCGACACUGACUGUCAAUUCGCCUACUUGGAAGGUAUCAGAGACUUUGUCUUGAAGAACAAGGACUAACUCAUGAGUCAAGUGGGUAACCCUGAUGGCCAAGAUUUGCCCAACAAGAAGAAGUACGACCCAAGAGUGUGGGUUAGAGAGGGUGAGAAGACCAUGUCCAAGAGAGUCACUGAAGCCUUGGAAAUCUUCCACACUACCAACAAAUUGUAA